CCGAGUCCCCCGAGCAUGGAGCUGGGGGACUCCGCUUGCCCUAAACAUGAGAGUCGAGACCUCCCAUAUGCUAAGCGUAGAUUGAUUCAGGACGGAUGAACUUCAACUUGCGCCGAGUCUUGCAAAAUUUUCGCAGGCAACGCAGUACUCAUUUGUUUUUUUCUUCGCCUCUAUCAAUCUCCUUUCGCCGCCUGUGCACUGUAGCGAACAAGCACGUUACUGUUGAUCCAACUGAAAUACAAAAAUUAUUCCGGUAUACAACAGAUCGUUGGUUAUACAACGAGCGGGAGCAGAACAGUUGUCGAUAUGUCAAGUUCGAUGUCGAUAGCCUUCUCGACAUUGCCUGUAAGGCAGUAGGCGCACGGAGUUGCACUGCAGUAGCAAAAUUGAGUGAAGGAUCUUAUAACAAGGCGUUUUUGCUCACUUUCGAUAAUGAGACCCAGGUCAUCGCGCGCAUACCAUGUCCUAUAGCUGGACCUUCCUAUCUUACGACCGCCAGCGAGGUGGCAACCCUCGAAUUUGCUCGCGAGGUUCUCCAGCUACCUGUCCCGCGCAUCCUGACAUGGAGUGGUGCUGAGAAAGGAUCGACGAACUGCGUUGGCGUCGACUACAUAAUAAUGGAGGCCGUCCCUGGCGUGCCCCUCGGCAUGCGCUGGAACCAAGUCGCUGGGCGCGAACAAGUGUCGCCAUUGGUGGAUGGCCUAUUGGAUUUUGAGAGUCGAAUGGAGUCUGUUCGUUUCUCACAGUAUGGCAGCCUCUAUUUCAAAGAAGACGUUGCACCUCAGUUGCAGACACAUUCGCUCUUUGCAGGUGAGGUAGACGACUCAAUGAAAUAUUUUGCCGAAAAGUACCGUAUUGGUCCGUUGAUUGACCAUCACUGGUGGCGGGGAGUGAGAUCACGUAUGGCGUUCGAUUGGGGGCCCUGGCCAGAUGCAACUUCUUACUACCUGGCUGCUGCAAAAAACGAACAGAAACUUCUCGCUCAACACACCCCUCUCCCUCAUUCGCAGACGCCCAGUUUUCGCAGGACCCCGAUACACCCUCGUGAAACACACCUUCGAUUGUUGGACAUGUACAUCCGUGCGAUCCCCUUUGUGAUCCCGCAAGACUCGGAGCUUAGCGCCCCGACCUUAUGGCACCCUGACCUAAGCCUUGGUAAUAUCUUAAUCUCCGAAUCGCACAUACCUUCUAUCCAAGGUGUUAUUGACUGGCAGCACGCUGCUGUUUUACCCUACUUUCAACAAGUGGCCUUGCCACCCGCCAUCACAUAUGAGGGCCAUCAGUUCAAUCCCCAUUUGCACCCACUUGCCCUCGCUUCUUCACGUGAACCCCCGGAUACACUUGAUUCAGCAAAAAAGGAGGAGUUCCGCUUGCAUCACCGGCUAGCGACACGACACAACUUGUAUCAGGCUGAAAUUCGACUCGGCCAUAAGCGCAGGCACGCCGCAUCUUCCCUACCACAUAUAGAACAGUUGAUUAUGCUGCCGGCGUACGUCGUACGUGCGUGCUCAGAUGGCAUCCUCGAUUUACGCCAGUGUUUGCUCUUUCUGCGCGACAAUUGGAUCAAAGUUGCUCCCGCUGGUGUGCCUUGCCCGAUUGAGUUCUCCCAGGAUGAAAUUGUAGAGCAUGAGCGGCAAUGGCGUGCCUUCCAAUUUUACCAAGCAGCCAUAGAACUUUUUAAUACAAAGCUUGGCUGUGAAGGAGAUGGCAAGGUAUCCCACGAGAGCUAUGCGGCCGUGAAAGAGAGACUUGAAGGCCUGAAGGAGUCUUGGAGUGAGGAAUUUACAGGUAGUCCCUUCCCGUACCAGAAUGGAGAAUACUCCUAUUUUUUGUCAUAGUAUCCGACGUCGGGCCAGCAAGGUCCAGCAACUUACAUUCUUACAUCCACAACCCAUCUCAUUAUUCUUUGUCUUCCUAAUACACAACCGUGUAAACCACAUACUGGUUCAGU